AAAUCCCCAGCAGACAUUGUGAAGAACCUGAAGGAGAGCAUGGCUGUUCUGGAAAAGCAGGACAUUUCUGACAAGAAAGCAGAAAAGGACUUCCUUGGCUUCCCGACGUCCACUUUCAUCUGGACUUUGUAACAUCCCGGUGCUGCUGGUGCUGGUGCGGACCCAUCCGUCAGGCGUGUGCUGCGCAGUUGCAGGCACGGGGCGCCUGACAGAGCAGAAGGAAGCACGUUAACUUGAAAUCACAAGGAAAAGCAGAAUUACACACAACAGGGAGAAAAGGAGUACAUGGUGGUGGUGAAGGCCACAGAAGAAGUCUCCAAAAACCUGGUGGCCAUGAAGGAGAUCCUGUACGGCACGAACGAGAAGGAGCCGCAGACGGAGGCGGUGGCGCAGCUUGCUCAGGAGCUCUACAACAGCGGGCUCCUGAGCACCCUCGUGGCGGACUUACAGCUCAUUGACUUUGAGGGCAAAAAAGACGUGGCGCAAAUUUUCAACAAUAUUCUCAGAAGACAAAUUGGUACAAGAACUCCUACUGUUGAAUACAUCUGCACUCAACAGAAUAUUUUGUUCAUGUUAUUGAAAGGGUAUGAAUCUCCAGAAAUAGCUCUAAAUUGUGGGAUAAUGUUAAGAGAAUGCAUCAGACAUGAACCACUUGCCAAAAUCAUUUUGUGGUCAGAACAGUUUUAUGAUUUCUUCAGAUAUGUCGAAAUGUCAACAUUUGACAUAGCUUCAGAUGCAUUUGCCACAUUCAAGGAUUUACUUACAAGACAUAAAUUGCUCAGUGCAGAAUUUUUGGAACAGCAUUAUGAUAAAUUCUUCAGUGAAUACGAGAAGUUACUUCAUUCAGAAAACUAUGUGACAAAAAGACAGUCACUCAAGCUUCUCGGUGAACUGCUGUUAGACAGACACAACUUCACAAUUAUGACAAAAUACAUCAGUAAACCAGAGAACCUCAAGUUGAUGAUGAAUCUCCUACGAGACAAGAGUCGUAACAUCCAGUUUGAGGCCUUCCACGUGUUUAAGGUGUUUGUAGCCAAUCCCAACAAGACGCAGCCCAUCCUGGACAUCCUCCUCAAGAACCAGACCAAACUCAUAGAGUUCCUCAGCAAGUUCCAGAAUGACAGGACCGAGGACGAACAGUUUAACGAUGAGAAGACCUAUUUAGUUAAACAGAUCAGGGAUUUGAAGAGACCAGCCCAGCAAGAAGCCUAAUUUGCAAUCAGCACCUACAAUAGUAAAUCCAGAUUCGGCAUCUGCUGUUAGCUAUUCAGCAUCAGGCUCUCUUCUCGGUUCAUGAGGAACAUUACUGCUAACCUGCUGUUAAGUGAACGGUUUUUCAUUUUACCUUUUUUGUUUGUUUUAGUCCACGUUGGAGAACGUAGCUGCUGCUUUCUUGCCCACUAGAGCACACGUGGACUUCUUCUUGAUCUGUGUGUUGCUUCGGAAGUCGAGGACUGUGUUGGCUGUGGGAGUUCUGAACGUGGCUGGCCGGGCUCCUGCAGGCAGAUGCAUAGGUGACAGUGUGGCUUAGGGAGGAAGGGGGUUGGUGUUUUCAGAUCCGACCUGCGUGUUCGCGCUGAUCUCUGUUAAAGAUCUGAGCGUGGAGGCGCGGUGAGGCGGUGCGCCUUGGCGGACGGAGGACCGCGCAGAGCCGCGUUGGAGACCAGAGGGGCGCUGUUCCGGGGCAGGAGCCGUUUGGGCGGAUAAAGUUGACGUGCGAGUGAAUGGAUAGCCACUUCUCAAAGGCGUGAGGCUUCAUAAGGUCGUAAGGAAAAUGUAUAUAUGCUUUUCACAGCUUUCUAGAAUAUUCUGACAUUUGAUUUUUCUCGAGACUUGUAAACCUGGAUAUGUUGAAGGGUAUUUGUUAAUUUUACUUUUUGGAAGGUAUUUUAAACCAGUAGAACUAACAGUGACACCUUGCAUUUCAUUUCAACGAUGCUUACAGGUUUCUUUUGUAUAUAAUUCUUAGAGUGCUCCUUUCUUUUAAAUGAUUUAAUUUGUACAGCAGAGGAAUGUUACUGUAUUAGUAUGUAACUAUUACCUAAUAUUGAGUUUUUGCAAAAAAAAAAAUGAAUGCUCAAAUGUAAUUGAAAGACUUCGAUCACAUGAAAAUGCUGAUUUAACUUUUAAGUAUCACAGCAUUAAAAGAAAAAAUGGAAACCAGCCCUUUGUAUUCAGCUGUCUCCUGGGAUGCCGCCCGCCGCACCCCUGCGCCGCGUCGGCCUUAUUCACUUAAAUGGGUCACGAGCUCGCCUGCCGUGAGUGGUGCCGAUGAUGCUAAGUUGCUGCUGCUGCUUCGGGGGGGAGGGGCCUGCAGAGCACCGCCUCUUCCUCAGCGUGGGUGACCCAGCGCAGCAGUCGUGAGGCUGGGUGACUGACACGUCGGCUUCUCUUAGGAAAGGAAGAGCCCCUAGCCAUACGUGUCCUAUGGGGACAUUUAUUUUUUUUUAAUGUCCUGUUCCUUAAUGCUGCAAAUUAUCAGUAUUUAUAAAGUAACUGAUUUUGCACCACUUUUUGUUACUGUGACCACGUCAGAACGUCUCCUAGAACAUAUCUGUGUCAAGUUCUUAGAAUGGUAUCUGUUCAUCUUAGUGAUACAGAGAUCACAACUAACAACUUAACGAAUCAGAGUUUGCCAGUUUGAAUUCAGCAUGGCUGUAGCUGAUUAAGAAAUUUAUAUCCUUACUCUCUGCCCGCCUCUCUAACUAACGGAAUUAUUUAUCAGCCAGCAACACGAGACUCCCGGUGGAUGUUUUGAGCAUCAGGUUUUCAGACCUCCUGGGAAUACCAGUGAGGAAAAUAGCUCCCGAGGAUACAACUGUGUUUUUUCCCAUCUCAGUCCAAAGGCAGUCUGCAUUUUAAUUGCUUUUCCUGAGGCUGUCUUUCCCAAAUUCCGUGUAAAACAAGUCCUGUCUUUCUAUCGGAAGUCGGGAAAGCGAUCCAAGCUCCCCGAAACGAACAAUGCCCAAGCUACUUAGGAGGGGAACGCAGGACUGGACCGCGCGGAAACGUCCAGUGCUUGGUGUCUGGAUUUGGGGCGAAGACCUCAGUUACACCAAGUGGAAGGAAGGUCCCCCUGCCACGCUGGCUCCUAGCACCUUCCACGCGGGCGGGGGCUGCGGGGCGCCUGCACGCCAGUGUGCGGGACCCGGUGAGGGUGCGGCACACCACCCUCGCCUUGGGAUUGGGGACAGUUAGGACUCGUUUUGUUUUUGUUUUCUAACAAAAAUGUGAAAACAUUUCAAAGGUGAAAAGUUAUGAUCAUUUAAUAUAUUCAUAUUCCCCAAACUACCGUACGGGAAGUGGUUUCUUUCUGUGUUUUAAAGGUUUCAUUUUACCUGAGUCAGGUACAUUACUCAGUGUGAUUUUUUAGCCCCUAAAAAACAAAAAGGUGGAGAUGUAUACAGUUGUUAACAAUGCCAUGAAAGCAUUUCCUUUCUCCCAAGGAAACGUAAAUUUCUUAUCAGAAUAUCUGGCUGGCCCUGUAAGUUAAAUUAAAAAUAAAAUUUUGGAGAAACAGCA